GGCGCGGCGGGCGGCGCCGCGGCCUGCGGCGGUGUGCGGGAUGAGGCGGCUGUGCCCGCUGCUCUGGGCCGCGCGGGGCCCGCGCCGCCUCUCGUCGGGCGCUGCCCCGGCCAUGGAGGAGCUGCUGCGCCGCUCGGUGCCGCCGCUGCCGCCCUACGAGACCAAGGAGAAGGCGCCGCCGCCCGCCGAGCUGCGCGGAGCGGAGUUCGUGCGGUUCUACCGCGAGCUGCAGCCCGGGCCGCCCCGCGCCGAGCUCCUGACCCGCCUGGCCCGCGACUUCGGCGUGGAGCACGGGCGGGUGGCCGAGGCCGCCGCCAAGGUGCUGCAGGCCCGCGAGCAGCGCAGGGAGCCCGGGGCGCUGCUGCAGGCCGAGGACCGGCUCCGCUACUACCUGAACCCCCAGUACCGAGGGCUCUUCCAGCAGCUGGGCCGCCUGGAGGGCGGGCUGCGCUUCCUCGUGGAGCUCAGGGCCGACCUGAUGGAGGGGCUGGCGAGCAAGGCGGUGGAUGGGCCCCACGUCAAGGAGAUGAACGGAGUUCUCAAGAAUAUGCUCUCAGAGUGGUUCUCCACAGGAUUCCUCAACCUGGAGCGGGUCACGUGGCAGUCACCUUGUGAAGUACUCCAGAAAAUUAGUGAUUCUGAAGCUGUGCACCCUGUCAGAAACUGGGUUGAUAUGAAGCGUCGAGUUGGGGCCUAUAGAAGGUGCUACUUCUUCUCUCACUGUGCCAUCCCAGGAGAGCCACUGAUUGUCCUGCACGUGGCACUAACCAGUGACAUCUCCAGCAGCAUCCAGGCCAUAGUGAAAGAAGUGCCACCUCUAGAGACAGAAGAUAAAGAGAAAAUCACAACAGCAAUUUUCUACUCCAUCAGUUUGACUCAGCAGGGCCUGCAGGGGGUGGAACUCGGGACUCACCUCAUCAAAAGAGUUGUCAAGGAGCUGCAGAAAGAACUUCCUCAGAUAGAAGCUUUUUCCACACUUUCACCUAUCCCAGGAUUCACAAAAUGGCUCGUUGGUCUCCUCUCCUCGCAGACAAAAGACCAGGGAAGGAAUGAACUUUUUACAGAAUCUGAAUGGCAGGAAAUCUCUGAGCUCACAGGAGACCCCACCAGCAACACACUAAAGAAACUCCUGAACACCAACGAGUGGGUGAGGUCAGAAAAGCUGAUUGAGGUGCUGCAUUCCCCCCUGAUGAGGCUCUGUGCCUGGUACCUGUACGGGGAGAAGCACCGGGGCUACGCCCUCAACCCGGUGGCCAAUUUCCACCUGCAGAACGGCUCGGUGCUCUGGAGGAUCAACUGGAUGGGGGACACGAGCCCGCGGGGCAUCGGGGCCUCCUGUGGCAUGAUGGUCAACUACAGGUAUUUCCUGGACGAGACAGCCUCCAACAGUGCCCUCUACCUGGCCUCCAAGCAGGUCAGAGCCUCCGAGCAGGUGCUGGCCUUGGUGGCCCAGUUCCAGCAGAACAGCAAGCUGUAGGGGGACAUCAACACUCACAGUGAGUGCUGCUCUCUGUACAGAGCUGUGCUCACCUGCAGUGUCUUACUUCACUCAGAAUGUACCUUGUAGGACAAAUGUGCUCGGGGUUACCUGGGUUAUCAGGUCUUGCUCACAACGCUGUGGACUCCUCCUGGUUGAAUCACUCUGUGGUGCAGAGGGGUUGGAGUUGUGUGUUAACGGAGAGUAAAAUCUUCUUCAUCAGGUACAGCCCAGGGGUAACUCAAAAAAAAUAACUGAGCCAACAUUAUUCUGUUGGUAAUUUAUUAUAUCAGCUGUGUUUGAGAGGAGCUGCACUUCUUUGUCAAAAUGCUGCUACAGAUUGUUCAGAACCAAAGUACCUGGAAUAAAGGUAAAUUUUGGGUCAAAUAUACUAUCAAAACAACAAUCUACAGUUUUAUUUCUACAAUAUCUGUCUUUUGCACCCUCAGAAAAAUCUCAUGUAAAACAUCCUGGUAUUUUUCUGUUUAAAUCUAAAACUCACUGAAUCUUUGCUUUGCUGGAGCGUGGAAGAGCCUUGCACUAAUGUUGAAAAAUCAGGAUCUCAGUACAGCAGGUAUGUUAUGUUAGAUUUGCAUGUUUUGGCUGCUAAAAUUUAAGGAGCAAUGAGGAAGUGGCGGAUAGGAGAGAAUAAGCCAGACUGUUACUUGGGAAUCAGGUCAGGAGUUUCUAAAUAUAUAUAUUAUAUAUUGGCUCUGGUAAUGUUUUAAGUUGAUAAAGAGCUUUUUUAAUAACGAGGUAGGUGUGAUUUAUAAACCAAUAAAACAAACUUUCUCAAUAAA